AUGAUACUGGUGCGCUGCGGACUAGGCGCGACGCGCUGCGAAAUCGCCGCCGCGGUCGCUGCGGGUCUCGAGCCACGCACGGAGAUUGUGACGGUGUCGGUGCCGGCGCGUGCGCUCACGGCCGCUGCUGACCUAUUUAUUAUCGCGAUUUAUAUUCCACCUGAUUCAGGGCGUAUUCCGGGAGAUAUAGAAUGCCUACUGCAAACUCUUACAAGUACAAUAAGCACAAACGGUUUACAGGGACAUUUGUUAGUGAUAGGCGACUUCAAUAUGCCAUGUAUAUCAUGGCACAGGGAUGGCCCUGUACAUACAAGUGGUUGUAAUGUGGAUGUGAGGGACACUGGAAACAGACUGACAGAAGAAUUGAGAAGAAUUGAGUUUUCUAGGGUUAAAACAAUAUAA